AUGUCAGGCUCGUCCUCUUCGGGACGCUCCCAGACCGGCCCCAAACCUCGCAACGUUCUGCGAAGGAAGAAAUCCUCGGUCGCCCAAAAAACUCCAAGUCUUAGCCAUGGGUCGACCGACUCCACGCGAACGAGCUCCUCAUCGUCUGCUCCUCGAUCACGGUCCUCGCUCGACCCGGGAAUGCAGCUCGACCGGGGCAUCACCGAGAGCCCGACAGAGAUCCGGAUCGCCCAUGUUGUGGACUUGCCCAAGACCCAGGCGCAGUCCGUCACCAUCUACCCCGAAUUAGAUCGAUACAGAGACUAUACCUACACCGGACGGCCAUCAACCUCCUCCGAGGGCUCCAGCGUCGACUUCCUCCACAGGUUGGCUACUCACGACCUGCCGCCUCCAACGCCCGUGUUCUCCGGAACAAGCAGCCAGUUGAGCGCCUUCAGCGGCAGCCCCUCGACGAGAUUCUCCGAGUCGCCCGGUCCAGGACCGUACAGUCGAGACACGACUCCCACGUCAAUGUCGUCACAGUCACCUGGCCUGGUGAUCCCGAUGCGAAUCCCUGCCCCCCGGACGAGACAGUUGAGCCCGGCCGUAACCCGGCCGCCAGUGACCCGGAGAAGAGCUGGAAGCGCGAAUGAGAUGGAUGCGUUUAGCGCCGACCCCCAAGGUCUCGCCGCCGUCCGCGAGUCUCUUACAUCCUCGUCGUCAAACUCCACCGUGAGGGAGGUCGAGCGGAAAUCGUCCGUAAAGAAGAAGAGGCUGUCGCCCCUGCCCCCGAGCCCGCCGCCCCGCAAGUCGUCGCAGAAGUUCACCCAGAGUCCCGGCAAUGACGAGUCCCCGUCCAAGGCGGCCAGAGAGCCGGCCAUGCCCAUCAUGACCCCGCCGUCACCGGUGCAAUCUCCUCCGCGUCUGAUGCCAAGUGCUUCGCCCCGUCAGACACCGCCAACCCGGCCCAGCAGAGAGAACACCCCUGACCUGCAGUCGCAGUUGUUUGGGCCGCUGCCCAUCAUCCACAGCAACCUCUCGUCUGCGUCCCUGGUCAACGACAGGCGCCCGGAGCCGCAGGUCCUCUCGCGGUCUGUCACGCCUCUGUAUUCAGAGAAGCCUCCGCAAUCCCGCCUGCCCGCGAGCAGAGAGGCCACGCCGGCUCCUCGACCAGCGACAUCUGACAAGAAGAAGGAGCGCCCGACUCGCACUCCCAGCCCUGGAACGUCGGCGUUCAGUCGCUUCCCCUUCUUUGGUCGUCGCAAGACGGCACCCGAGGUCACUCAGGUCGACAAGAAGGAGAAGCCGGCACGCAAGGGGCCUGCCGCUGGCACGGGGCACGAGGGAUACGGACGGCUAGGUGCGAUUCGGCGACGAAGCGGCAGCUCAUCCGCCAACGGGGCCCGCAACAGCAUGGGCCCUGCCUCGUCCCAGGACAGUCUCAGCAGCAACCAGCCAACCGACACCUUCCUUCUGGAGCGCAUGAACCCCGUCAUCAUCUCUGGCGGCAGUGUCGUUGAGAAUAGGAACAACAGUGUCGACCUGCAUCGUUCGGAGAGCAACCAGAGCCUCGGGUACGCCUCGGAGACGUCAACCACCUCCAGCACUGGCCGGUUUGGGCUCGCCCCCUCCGCCAUUCCUCGCGGUCCUCACCCUUCCCUCAGUCAUCGCCGUCCUUCCGACAGCAGCGACUCUGAGGCCGUCACCAUGAAGUCCACCCUGGCUUUCAGGAGGUCCGUUCAACGGCUGAGGACGUCUCCCGAUCAAAGCCCUCUCAAGCUGCCGCAGCCCAUCAACACCACCGGCAUAUCGGCGCCGUCAAUGGACAGCUACGACACCACCAUCUUGUCUGACGACUCCCAGUUUGAGAAGCACAGAGAAGUCAUCCGCGGUCGCAUUGCCGCAGCCACCGCGACGCCGCCUAAGAAGCUGACCAAGCGAGCUCGCUCUCCAAGCAAGUGGAAGCUCUUUAGCAGAUCUCGGAGCCAGCCCAACAAGAAGGAGCCCGAGCCCGUUCCCGUUGCUGCCACCGUCAAGGUGGUCCAGCACAAGCCGGCCGCCUUUUACACGAUGAUGGACGGCUCCGAGCAAGAAGACUCUGGACCGCCAGACGUUGAGGAGAUUCUCCGCGAGGCAGCCGUCUUUGACCUGCCAUCGCCACCGCCGAUUACGGAGACAGUCAAGGAGCGACGGGCAUCCACCACAAGCCAGGACCAAAGGAGAGAGUCGCUGUCGAGGCUCACCCAGCCGACAAAGUCAUCACAGGCGCGCAGGAACUCUGCCUCCGCUAAGCCGACUUCCACGUCCAUCCCUGCCAUCCGCUCCAUGAAGACGCAGGCUUCGCAGUCCAGUGCCGCCAAGCCAGCCGAACGCCCCAGUCGUUUGCCUCAAGUCGGGCGCAUCCCAAAGGUAGUCACCUCUCGACCCGAGCACGCGUCGUCGAGGAGCUUCUCGCGCCCAUUCAACAGGAUCAGCAUGAGCAUGCCCCCGGACGAUGCAGCCUUCAACCCCGACUUUGUCGCCUCUGGCCCGACCCCGGAGCUGUCUACCCCGGAGCUCUCUCGCGGCGAGUCGGCUGCCACCACCGCAACCAGCGUCGAAACCAACUCAGAUCCCCGUUCGUCCAUUGUUCCCCUCAAGACGCCUGAGAUGGUCCAGAUCGGCCGCGAGUUCCUCGCCUUCUCUCCCCGAAAGAACUCUGAGUGCACCACUAGCACUUCUUCCAGCGGCGGGAUGUACACCAUGGCUGAUGCCCUUGCUUACGUUCCGGACCCCAAUGCACCCCUCGUGGAAGAUGAGAUCUGGGACGAGUACAACGACCUCAUCGGCGAAGUCCCCCCUUCGGCAACCUCUUCCAAGGGCAUUCCCUUUCAUCUGGAGGGCCACGAUGGCAGACUCUCCAAGCGAUCCCUCAAACCCCUGGAAUCACCCACCAUUGUUCCUCCCAAGGCUGCCGAGAAACCCGUCGAAAACACCACCGCAACCUCGUCGAGCGUCUACAGCGCCGACAUGACUGAGCGCUUGAAAGCUGCCUUUGCUCUCAAGCCCGAAGCCAGCUCCAACUCCCUGACCCUGAUCCCCAUUGCCGACGUCCCCGCCAGCGCGAUCGACCGCGAGAGCACCGAGUUGGCCCGCAAAGCUACCAUCACUUCCCAGCGAAGCAGCAACUCUUCCCGCAGAUCCCGCCAGUCCAUGUCCAGCUGCAAGUCCUCGGAGGACGAGUCUCCUCUCUCCCAGGUAAACCUCCGCGUCGGCUCCAUGACGGUCUCCAAGUGGCUCUCCUUUGGGCACGUCCUCUUCUCCCCAGCGCGUGACCAGCUAGUCCCCGUCGUCGGCUCCCUCAAGCGCCACUCCAUUCUCGUCGUUGACGGUCUCGGCAACGACGACUGGUCGUUUUACGCAGCAGAGACGUACCCAGCCGCAACCUUUUUCAACCUCUCUCCGCGGGCGCCUCUCCCCGACGAACACAAAAACUCCUCCAGCUUCCCCCUGAGCCCGCCCAACCACCACCAGAUCCAGUACCUCUCUCACACCGCCAAGUUCCCCUUCGGCCCUGAGUCCUUCACCUCGGUCGUCUUCCGCUUCCCCACCGCCGCACCGGAGUCCCACUACCGCAACAUCAUCUCCGAGGCCCGCCGCGUUCUCAAGCCGGGUGGCUACAUUGAGCUCUCGAUCCUCGACGUCGACCUCAACAACAUGGGCAACCGCGGACGCCGCACCAUCCGCCGGAUCAAGGAGCGCAUCCACGAGCGCAACCCCGAGAUCAACAUCAGCUCCAGCUCGGACCUGAUCCUCCGCCUCCUCGGCCGCAAGGGCUUCACCGACGUCAAGACCUGCCGCGUCGGCGUGCCCGUGGCAAGCGUCGUGCCUCGGACCGAAGGCAGCAGUAAGCCCCCGGUAACCCGCAAGGCCAAGGAAAUCCGCAGCCUGGCCGAGAUGAUGAACGACGACGGCGACUCGGCGGACGAGAACAUCACCAAGAUGGUCGCCAAGGUCGGGCGUUGGUGGUACAGCCGCUGCUACGAGAGCGCCGCGGGGACCGCCGUCAGCCGCAGCAUCUGGGGCGAUCGUGCCCUGCUUGCGGAGUGCGAAGAGUGGCGGACCAGCUUCAAGCUCAUGGUCUGCUACGCACGAGUCCCGGAGAGGGCUCGCACCGCGAGCAUCUAA